UCUUCCUCGUUGGAUUUUUCCAAUUAUGUUGAAUGUGUAAUUACAACUAUGGCAACAAAAGUAGAAAUUAGUUCUGCUUUGGCGUCUUUGACAGCAGUACCUGACUUGAAAGAAAUCAGGAAUGAGGAUAAAUCGCAGCGGGUGUAUAUGAGUGUGCUCUCGGAUGCGAGCAACAAGGCGAAGGAGCCUUCAGCAUCACGGGUUCCUGAAGAGAACAACAAAUUCACGAGUACUUUGAGAUCUGCAACCAUGCCGACACUCGCAUCGAGACCGAGGCUCUUCCCAAAGCCCUUUUCGAAAGAGAAAUCUUCGGAUACUUUUGCAAACGUGAAGCCACCUGUUACGGCUUUCAAACCAAGUAAUCCUGUUAGAAAGGCCACUGAAGAAACAUCCCCCGUUAAGGCAUUAAGUGGCAAUGUUCCUCCAUUAGUAGAGCAUAAAGUAAUUGAAAGUGAAAACAAGGCCAGCAGCGAAGUAGUCCCCAAUAUGACUUUCUACACGGGUCCCAGUGCUAACACCGUUAUCCUGUUUGAGACAGCUGGCACGGAGCAGUCCAAGGUCAGCCUGGCCCAAGGGAAAAGGGCUGCUGAGGACCACAGGGUCUUUGGUACCGUACAAGCAAAAGAGCUGCAGUUUAACGCGACGCUUGAGAAACCCCCUCAGCCGUCGGAGCUGAGCAGGAGGGCUGAGGGGUCCGUUCACAGGCAGGUAUCGCUCUCUUCCCAUCCUAGACCCGUCUCUUGGAACUCCCUCAAAACUCGUGACAAGAAGGAUGCUUAUGAAGAUGCUACAGGAGAGAAAUCCAGUGAUGACGCAAACAACGGCAACAGUAAAAGUGGCUUUUCUGACGUGCAGCAAAGGCUAAAACCCAGACCGGUGUCUGCUGCUUUUCUAGAAUUAUUAAGAGAACAGAAACAUCAGUCGGUGGAACCUGCGGAGGAAAAAUCUCCUACAGAGAAAUCCUGGGCCAGAAAACCCAGGCCUUUGUCCAUGGACCUGACGGCUAAGUUUGAACAUAAAGAUCCUUCUCCCUGCAAAAAGACUUGCUCAUCUCACGAGAGCAAGGAGAACGUAUCUCUAACUCACAUUACUGAUGUGAGCUGUCGUGGGCAGCCUGAGAUGGGGCCAAAAAAUGAAGACAAGGAAUUUAAUAAAGACAGUUCUCCUAAAGCAAACUUGAAGCGCAGUAGUCAUGACAUUGGUGUCCUGAACGAUGGGAAGUACCUGUGGGAAACGCAGCAUAAAUGUAAAAGUGAACAAAGUGAGACCAAGCCAGAAGGGGUGGCUCCCUCGCGUGCUUCUGAAAGAUGCUCUGACGCUAGCAGUGACAGCAGAACUAGUCAGGAGGCCAGAAGAGCGGAUCUAAAGGAAACCUGUGUGCUUCUAACUCGGGACAGCCCUGCGGCUGCCUCGGACAAGGAGAACAGUAUCAAAAGGGGCAGCGUUAAAAAACACAUUAGUUUGUUUGCUUCAGAAAACCCGACGGUUCCAAUGGAUACAGAGCCUCUCCCAUCCCCUGCUGAGAGGGAAAACGGGUAUGUGAACAUCCAGCAGAGAAUCAAAGAGCUCACAACAGAAGGCACAGAGGCUAAACCAGGGCAUCUGCGCAGGUCGCCCCAGUCCCGGCCGCUUUCUGCAGACUUGACAAAGAUGUUUUCAAGUCCAACAUCAAGCAGCGAAGUCAAGCCAGAGAAGCUGGCGGAUGUGAGAACUGAUUCUACCAAUGAAAUGCACGAAAAAAAUAAGGAGCCCAAGCUUCCCCAUGGCACAGAUUUGAGUGAAGCUUGCACUGUUGGGAAUGCCUGGAAAGCCCGGCAGAUUUUAAAAUUAACCAAUAAAGCCGAUCAGGCAGAGGGAAAAGGAAACUUCCUUGGAGAUGGUCAGCAGUUUCCUCUGCAAAGCGAGAACUCCGUCUCAUUCACAAGCAGCUUUGAAAAAAAGUUAAAACCAGCCCCGGUUAUGGAAAAGACCUAUGUGAAAACCGUCCGAGCCACCAUGUUUGACCAUAACGUUGAGCGACACAACGUUGAGCGACACAACGUUGAGCGACACAACGUUGAGCGACACAACGUUGCUGCUGCUCAUUCUGGAGUUGAUCCUGCGCUGAGGGUGAAUAACGAGCUGGACAGGAAGCCUGAGCUGGUGGCUCCGGGGCAGAACAAGGGCUCGCAGGUGGGAGAGGCAGCGGAGGAGACAACUAGCACAAAGCAGUAUCACAAACAGUCUCAUUCGUCAAAACAUAUAGCAGAUGUAGAAAAAAGUGCAAGCCCGGCUUGUACAAAUGAAGGCAAGAAAACGGCUCAGACAAUUCUAUUAGAAAAACGUGCUGUUGAAAAAAGUGAAAAACACAGCCCUGCAAAUGUGGAGGACUCUGUAACUCACCAAAGAGUAGAGCCGAGAUAUGAAAUCUUUCAGACAUUUGGUGAGAGAGUUCUCAGCGAAGCCAUUACGAUGGCUCCUGAGAAAAAGGCCGUGACACUCAGAACGAGAAAAUCGUCUGUGAAGGAGCAGAAAAAUGAUGGGGAUGUUUUACACCCUGAACAGCCAGCCAGGCUAAAUAAUAAAACCGACUACGUGAAAGAAGCUAGUAUUACUUCAGACACUAAGGACACAAAAGCAUUUCCAAGCAGGUUUACUUUUAAAGAACCUAAUGACUUUUCCCUCAGUGGAUGUGCUUUACCUGCACAGAAAAAGGACCCUGGAAAACAUGAAACUGCUCCAAUAUUAAUAGCAGAGAAAAUACAUUAUUCUACAGACAAAAGUAAAAGCUUGGGAAUAAAUGAGCAAGCAAAUAAACUACAUUCUGAAGUUAAAAAUGAGGAGAGUGAAGUCCCUUCCGCAGAGAGGCCUAAUGUGAUGAAAUAUCCUUUUGAGAAAAGGAGCGUAAGAUCAGGCAGAGCAGAUGGCCAUGAAUUCAGAACCAACUUUGGUCAUGAAGUUAUUUUAACCAGUGUAAAUAAACAUGGGGCCCAGUCCUCAUCAGCGCUUUCAAGUGGACAAGUAUGUAAAUCUCCCAGUAGCCACCAUCCUGAUAUGGAAGUACAAUCCACUAGCAAAGAAAAACCCAGAGCCUUUGAUUUAAGGAAGUGUCUGGACUCAAAGAGCGUGGAGCAGAGCUUUAGCUUGGAUAGGAAAGCACAUGAAAGUAGAGAGAAAUUCAGAGUGACAGAACCGGAGGAAAAGAUCAGGAGAACCAAAAGUAGCAUCGCAGACUUGAAAAUUUCAGACAGAUGGAGAAGGAAGACCUUGCCUCAGGAUUCAAUCAGGACAGAAGACGUUGGCUUGCUCACUCCCGAGAGUAUCAAGAGGCUGAACAGGACAGAGUUCUUGCAAUUGGAAGAAGGUUCAGUUAAAAAGAGAAGCAAGAAGAGCAAAGAAGGCACCGAAGGAGAUGAGCCAAACCAAACUGCUGAUGACUACUUGAAAAAUCAGAGUUCUGCUUUUGAACCAAAGGCGACUUAUUUUGCAGUUACUUAUCAGGUUCCUGGUGACAAGAAAGAGAAAAGCUUUGGUACUCCUAGUGCAAGUGAAACGUGUAAAAUUUCUCCCUCCAGUGAGGUACUAACAACGAAUUUGGAUCCUAUUUUUUCCAAAAAGUCCAAACCUGUGUUACAACCACCAAAUAAAAAUAUAACACAUGCAAAUUGUAGAGAAGACUCACGAGAUGUAUAUGUUAAUAAGGAUUGGGUCAAAGAGGAAGAAAAGAAUGAAGCUAACUCUUCCAAAAGCAUUGCAGUCACUAAUUUUCAGGUAGCUGGGAAGGAUAACCAAAAGUAUCAUGAAAGAAGUCAAGAUUGUUCUAAAGACAAAACUAUAGAUGUUGAUGCUUUCCUGUUAAAACAGGACCUGGAAAAUACACCUCAAACUGAUCUCAGAAGUAGUGGCAGAAAGGUCUCUCCUUACUAUGAACACAGAUCCUCCCAACUUUUUGCACAGUUGCAUAAAAGCAGCGAGCUGGUAAGCCAGAAGAGUAGUGAAAGCCAGUUUGAUAUAGCUGCAGGGAAGGCUGAGCAUGGCUAUAGAUCACGAAUUCUUGAUAUUGAUGCACUUAUGGCAGAAUAUAAAGAAGAAUCGGUGAUUCAGGACAAACCCUCUGAAGAUCACAGUUUAUUUAAUAAGGAGUUUCCAAAGAACAAAAGAAAUGUGUCAGAUUGGACUUCUUCCUAUAGUUGGAAAGAGAGGAAGGGAUUGGAUCACUGUUUUGCUAAAAACAAACAAGGUGACAGUGCAGAAGACUACAACAGGCCAGAGAAAUUAAUCCUGAAUGAAAAGAACAGUGAGAAACUGGAAUCCUUUGGCUCUGAAUUUGAUAAGCAGAAGUCCAAAGACAGAAAGUUCAGCCCUCCCUACUGGGGCAGUCCUAGCAGCUUGUUCUCAGAUAAGUUGGUAAAUUCACCUGUGGAGUUCACCAGAAAAAAAACAUUCAUCAUCGAUGAAGAUCAAGAAACGAACUUAAUUUCCAGGCAACAAAGUUCAACGUUUGCGAAUGACAAGUUACAGCCUGCAAGUGUAGUUGGCACAGGCCAAAAGUUGGAAAUCAAUUUGGCUUCUAAGUUGUCUGUAAAGGCUGAUGUUGGCCAGUUGCAGAAGAAGUUGGUCACAAAAGAACAAUUCUUGGAGGUGGCUUCAGAGAGCGACUGGAGCAAAGAUGUAACAAGGAGCUAUAUAAGUAAGAGCAGAGACGAUGCCAGCAAGACUUCACGUGACAGCGACUCUUCCAAUGUGAAGAGUAAAACGGAUUGGAAAAGCUACACGUCCACCUGGGGAAGUGCCCCGCCGGAUUUGAGACGAUCCUACUCGGAAAAGAGCCGCCAAGGAAAAGACAACGUGCCGCUCAUGAAAGAAGCAAGGGGAAGGAAGGACCUGUACCGAUUCAGACAGAGCUUCCCACCAGAAAGUGUGGAAAAUGGGUGGAAAAAAAAGAUGUCAUCUCAGUCGGAAUCUUUCUUCCAUGAAGAUAAAAAGGCUUCUGGAAAAGUGUGGACCAAGCAGACUUCAGAAAAAGCAGAUGGAACAGACUUCACACUGGUCUCUCUCCAGAGAAGAAGCCAGAGUUUCUAUAAGGACAGAAGGACGGAUAGCUGGACGGACCAACUGAAGCAGUGCUUCUCCAGACAGCCGCCCGAGCCCAAGGACACGGACACGCUGGUGCGGGAGCCCGACAGCCGGUACGGUACCUGGGGCGAGCAGCGGCGCAGCGGGGCCAGCUUCGCAGGCGAGUCCCCGUCCUCGGAAAACAAUGUCACUUCAUCGCGGAAGCAGCCACCAAGCAGCCAGCCGUCCUCUCUGUCCUCCCAAACGGAACCUGCCUCCCUGCUUGAUCGCCAUGAUUCUGCAAGAGACCAAAGGAGCACGAGCUUGGACCGUUCCAGCACUGACAUGGACUCCAUGGAUGGGACUGAUUUACCUCCUCCUGGAGACUCCUACCCCGAGGAAAAGACCACUGACUUCUCCUUCAUCGAUCAAACCACUGUCCUAGACUCCAGCGCGCUGAAAACUCGUGCACAGCUCAGCAAAAAGAGGCGCCAUCGGGCCCCGCUUUCGCACUCUCUUCGAAGAAGCAGAGGGUCAGAGUUUGAGAACAGGUUUUCUUUGGAAGAUCCAGACAGUUCCUGGAUGUUUAAAGAUUCCACAGAAGAGAAGAAAACUAUGCAACAAGAAGAUUCUGAUGAAGAAGAAAAAACUCAUCGUAUUGGGAAAUCAUCUUCUGUCCAGGCUCAGAGGCUGCCGGUGUUCCCGGGAAUGGACCACGCUGUCCUCAAGGCCCAGUUGCGGAAAAGGCAAGAGUCUGAGACUUGUGGUGAGAUAAGUUCUGCCCAGCAGUUGAAAUCCCCCAAAGCGCCCGGCGCCGCGGGGAGCCGAGCGCUGCCCGGCGGGGCGGACAGGGAGGACAGGUCGGAAGAAAAGUCUCCCCAGUGGCUGAAGGAGCUGAAGUCAAAGAAGCGGCAGAGCCAUUAUGAGAACCAGGUUUGA